ACUGCAUGUACUGUCUGUAGAAAUCUACUCAUUUUCUUGUUUGUUCAUGUGUUGUCGAGUUGUCUGAGGCUUUUUGCCAUUGUGUGUUUUUGUCUUCAACGAAAUUGGUUGGGAGCAAACCAAGAGUAGUGAGACUGUAGCAGACAUGCCUAGCAGCAAAGCCCUUUCGGUGGGCCUCAUUGCUGCCGUGUUUCUCGUGGCUGGUUUGGCACAUCUGGGCGAGUGCAAGAAGUCCGUCAGCACGAAGGACGUGAUCAGCAUCGAUGACUUGAAGGCAUUCAAGAAACUUAUCAAGGAGAAGACCAACGUGUUGACCCUCUUUGGCAAGAAUGCCAAAGUCAUCAACGCUCUCCUUUCGGAGUUUGCCCAGGCAGCGACGGCAGUGAAAGGUCAGGGGACCAUGGUCACCGUCGAUUGCUCGAAGACAAAGAAGAUGUGUAAACGCCUGGAUGUGUCCAGCCGACACGAGACUACUCUUAAGCAUUACCUGAACGGUGAGUAUCACAAAGAGUACGACCGUCUGUUCCGUCUCAAGUCUCUGGUUAGCUUCAUG